AUGCAGCACGUUCGUCUUCUCGUGCUGGUGUGCGGCGCAUUCGCAGAGGAUGCGGUGCCUCUGCCACCUCCCCCGGAGAACAUGACGCAAGCGGCACCCGGGGACCAAGCCGUCCCGGCCGUCCCAGAGCGCAGCCUGUCAGGCAGUGGCAGGUGGUCACUGCUGCCCUCCUUUGCACACGCAUUGUUCGGCGUGACGCAAACGGAGGGCCUGUCGGGCUUCGGCACCGUGUCGGCCGGCAUUCUGGCUGGCGCGUUCUAUGACGAUAGCCAGCAGGGCGGGGAGAGCGGGUCAUCGGGCAACACCGAGGGUGAGUGGUGUCCAGGUUGCGGCCCAGGUGUGGCCUUCGCGCUUGGUGUCUUCGGAGUCGUCACGGACGACAGCGUCGACAAAAGCGAAGUGGAGCAGAUGAUCGACGAAGCUCUGAGAAAGGCCAAGGAGGAGUGGAAGGAGGAGGUUCUGAGGGAGACCCGCGGCAUCGUCCAGGAAGCCCUCGUAACGGCCAACUUGAAAGAUGCACAGCUGGAGAUCCAGAGUUUCACGAAGGAUCUGGCCGCCGCGCCUAACUUGGACUUCCUCGAGCCGGAUGCAGCGUUAGCAUAUGUCAUGGCCUUGGAGAACAGGGUCACCGUUCUUGCAGAGAAGCUCUUCUUGCCCUGCAUGGAGUCUGGGUGGGGCAGCCAAGCCUGCAUUGAUCGUGUGGGCUCUGGUGCAGCUUAUACGCUCGAUACAUUGAUCAACUUGCACUCCUGGGUCUUCGCUGAGAUCUUCCGGACCUUGGAGAAGAAGUGGCGCCUGCUCCAGGAUCACUGGUCCAGUUUUUCCAGUGCGAACCUUGGGCUCCAGGACGUCGCAAGGACCACGCUGCAAAGCAACUUCCAACGCGUGGGAUGCCCCAACAACCAUACUUCCCACGGUGCUUUGGAGAGCUUCAAGGCUGCGAAGGUUCCCUAUGUCCUCAUGAGGCACGACGCGUGGUUCGUGACAUACAGCGAGGCGUUCAGCGACCUUGCCUCUGCGGAGGCGAGGUAUCAUGACACGUCUUUCAAUCUACAUUGGUCGAAAGCGAUGAUGAUCGUCAACAGUGAUUUCGUGAAUCAGCGCCACUACGCGCACGUUUCUGGUUACUGGGACGGUAUAUCGAGAGACUUCAAGAAUCACUACGAUCAGAAGUACAAGGCCGGCCCGGAAGGGCCCUUCUUGCCCUUUGUCGCCAUGACCCACCAGAAUUGGGGUGUCGUGACGGACAAGGUCUUUGCCGACCUCCAAGCGGCAAUAACGUACUUUGAGACGCAGCUGAACGGCGGGCCGAAGGCCGCUGUGGUGGUGGAUGGCCGGUUCACUGAGCUGCGCUGGUAUGGGGCAGGCAACGAAGGCGCCCUACGAGCCGACUACCUGAAACAUUUCAAGGCGAAGUACAGCCCCAAGGACGUCCACCUGCUCGACAAAAUGCACGGCUACUGCAGAGCGAUGAAGCUGCAGAGCGAUGUCAACGUGGUAAAGACUCAGACCGAUGUCGAGAAGGCAAAGGAGUGCUGCGGCGGUGGCCAGGUGACCUGCCAGCUCAAGACGGACAAUGACGACUGCGCGGAAGAGACGGUCCUGCGAUCCGACAUCUACCGGACUAUGCAGCGGAAAUUCAAAGGUGUCACAGCCCGGUACAAGAAGUACCUUGCCAGGAGCUUGGACAAGUUUCUGAAUGCUCGGCUGGCCAGCAUCCUGUGUGACAAUAAUGGAUGUCGGGAUGACCAGGACAUUUCCGAGAGCACUAAUUAUUUGCCACGGGAUCUGGGGAAUUUCCAGGCCGUUUCGAGCUUGAAGAGGGAGACCUGGUACAAAGGCAUGCUGUCGUUUGAAAAGAGCAACAUCCUGGUGUCGGGGAGAAAGGUCUACAGCUUGGACACACCGGAAACUGCAUGGUCGACAGAGACGGUCUCCGUGGAUCAAAAAGCUGGCUUUGCCAGGCUCAUCGGCAUCGUCCCGAAAGACAGGAACACUCCCAUCCUGAAUAUCAAUGGCCAGAAUUUCGACUCCCCAACAUGCGGCCAGAACCAGGGAGAGGGGCGCCCUCAGGUGUGCUCACCAGACACUCACUGGUACAGCUCGGCUGAGGCAGACGAUCCCUCACCGAUCUUCUGGGAUUUCAACCUGACAGGCAGCGAAGUGACAAUCACCAAGAGGUUGCAAGCAUACAACUACAUCGGAGCAUUCUCCAACUUGGUCCUUCAAGUUCAACCUACUCCUCAUGCAUGGCCACAGCUCCUCCCGCCCCGCUUGGAGCAGGGCACUAGCGAGUAUACGUUGAAUGCUUACUACGGGUGCCAGAUUCGGGACAACAGGUACUUACGAUGCACCGGAGAGGACCAAUACCACGGUGCCUACGGCGGGGGCCUGCGACUCGAAUUUAAAAACGACCUCAAGUGGGAUGUGCGUUUCUACAUGCGCUUAGAGGGGCUGCAGGGGACACCUGGUGGGAGUGCCGCCGCGCUCAUGUUUACGCAGUUUUUCUGGGGUAGUUACAUGGCCCAUGGCACGUAUCCUCCCACGCUCUUCCUGGAUGGCAGCUUGACCACGAGUACCAACGGUGGUGGUCAAGGAUUCUCGGACUGGGGGAACAAGGUCCUGAUGGAAGAGUCACCGGUGGAAGAUGGCAAAUGGCACAGUUACCGCAUCAAGAGGAGCGAGGGGGCCCUUUGGGUCUUCAUUGAUGAUGUCCUGGUCGUGCAUUACAAGCUUCACGAUACACGCAUCAUCGGACUCCGGAUCCGGCCCUGGCGGGCCGUGGCAUCCAUCUGGGGCUUUCAGGUGGAAGACGAGCUUACGGGCAUCCAUGUGCUCAACAACUACCACGAUCAAACCGGGGUCUACGGGAAGUACUUCAGCUUCAACAUGGAGGACACCGGUAUGGAAUCACCGGAGUUCAUAGGCAUCAAGAGCAAAGCGGGGCAAAGGCAUGCAAAAAAGUAA